GUUGUUGAGCAGCAGCUGCAGGAGCAUGGGAUGAAUAAUGUGGAGCUCCAGGAGGUGGAGUCAGAGCUGCACAGGAAGCAAGUGACAGAGGCUUGGGCCGAUCAGCUAACACAAAACAAGGAAGAGGCAACUGAACUGGAAGAGAAAGACUGUUAUGAAGAUGAGUCUGAACUGGCACGGAGGGAAGGGCUGGAAAGGGUGAGACAAGAGGAAGGGAAGUAUCAGUUGGAGAAGAAGCAAGAGGAGGUGUUACUUCAGCAGAUAGAAGAACUGAAGUUACAGGAGGCAGAGGCAACAAAGCUGAAAAAAGAACAAGAUAAUUUAUUAAAGCAGCAGUGGCAGCUGAAGACCUUGGGAGAAGAGAGGAAACAAAUGCAAGAGCACUGGAGGAAGAGAGAACUUGGGCGCUUCUUGAGGCAUCAGUGUGACAUCCAGCUAAGGAGACGAGCGCAGCAGAUACAGGAGGAGCUGGAGACAGACAGGCAAAUCUUAUCAGCCCUCCUUGAGAAAGAAGCUGAGGACCAGUGUGGGCAGAGUGCACAGCAGGGACAGGCAGUGGCAGACGUGGCCUGGAUGAAACGUGUCAUUGAGGAACAGCUCCAGCUGGAAAAGGAGAGGGAAGCAGAGCUACAGACCAUUUUUAGAGAAGAAGCUAGAAAACUGUGGGAGAAGAGGAAAGAGCAAUGGGAAAGAGAGAAGAUAGCCAGAGAUUGCCUGAUGACAGAGGUCCUUGUGGGCAGACAGCGCCAGAUCCAAGAGAAGAUGGAGCUAAACAGACGUGCCCAGGAAGAGUCCAUAAGGUAUCGAGAGCAGCUGAUCAAAGAGCUGGAAGAGGCCAAGGAGCUGAGUCGGAGGAAGAAGGAGCAGGAGGAGGAGCUGCAGGUGACAGAGCAACACCUGCAAGAGGAGGAGGAGGAGGAGGAGGAGGAGCUGGUGCAGCAGGAGGCCGAGCACAGCCGUGGCCACAGGGUAGGUCACUCAUGGGUCACCAUGGCCACGUGGGUCACUCUGACACACGAGACCAUGACCGAGGGUGACAGCACCAGGCAAACACGGUUCACAUUGUGUCUGACCUGCACCUGA